AUGAGUGGCAUCCACCGGUUUCUUGCCCGACGUGAUCGGCACAGCAGGCAUGAGAAGCACGGCAAAGACGAGUCGUCUCACAUUCUUUCAAAGCCUCUCUUUCAGGGCUUUUUCACAUCAGAAGUGGUUCCAGAAAACGGUCCGGAACACAAGAAGAAGGUCAAAGAGCUAGAACGUCGCAUCAGAGAGAUUGGGAUCGUGGGUCUGAGAGAAGAGAAUUGCAGCUACGCCUUGCUAUCCACCCAAGGGGAUCUGGACAGGGCAUUCCUCUCCCUGAUUCUGCUGGAGGAUUCCAUCGAGGGCAUCAUCAGACCCUACUCUCCUACCACCAAACUCCUUGGUGCAGAGAACCGUGAAGGGGUCACCUGCUGGCUGGACUCGCUGCUAUUUGCCAUGUUUGUGCGUCUUGAUUGCUUUGAGGCCGUCCUGUACAAACAGUUCCCGGAGGAGCCACGUAACAAGCUGGCAGUUCUAAUCCGGUACUGGGUGAAUAUGCUACGGUCCGGGCAGCUCAUCACUACAGAUAUUACCAAACAUCUGCAGAAUACCCUUGCCGAGUGUGGCUGGGCCUCAGCUGGUGAGGUGCGCCAGCAAGAUGUCUCUGAAGCCUUUACCUUCAUCACGGGCAAGCUCGAACUACCUCUUCUCACGUUAAUGAUGAGCAUCUAUCACUGGGGGAAGACAGAUCUGAGCAGCGAUCACAAGUUCAUCAAUGAACGGCUGCUCGAAGUGGCUAUCCCGCCUGAGCGCGCCGACGGGCAAACUCUUACCCUAGAAGAUUGCUUAGAGGCCUACUUCAACAACCGGAUCGAAGUGAAACGGUACCUUGAGGAGAAUCGGGAGAGCCUUCUCAGCUCAACCGAAUCGACUGAAUCUCUUACCAAGGGAUCCUCCGCGCACGUGGAGGAAAUUACGGGAACACUGACUCCGACUGCUUCCAACACCUCACAGUCUUUCAGGGCAUCUCCCGCGUCGUCGACCACUGGAAUUGAUGCGACUGGCACGGCCACCCGGACUCUCCCUCGUCGGGACAGCAUCGUUCGCGAAAGAUUCAUUCCGGACCCCACCGAUGAAAAGGCCGACGCCAAAAGCGAUGGUUCACAGCCCCGGAAGGGCAGCUACCGCAAAGAGGUUAUGAUGCCUGCGUGGCAGUUCUUCAGCCUCAUUCGUGUGUCCUCCCCUGAAAUGGUCAGAGAUCUAGUAACUGACAUUUCCUUCUCAGCUUGGUACACCGAUAACACGCCGACCAAUGACGCUCAGGUCGCCGACCACUUCUCUUCUCAGAGACCAAUCCUCGGCAUCUGCUUGAAGCGUUACUCCUACCUGCCAAAUGGACGAGCCAUACGCCUCAAUACCUUCAUCGACAUCCCCACCGAGAUCGGACUUCCAUGUUUCAUCAAGGAUGACAAGCUUGACGAUAAAGAUACCCGCCUGUAUGGCAACUUCAAGCUUUCCUUGCAGUCCAUGGUCUGCCACAGAGGUAACUCGGUCGAUUCCGGACACUACAUCUCCAUCGUCAGAGGGACAACUGCCGAUUCCUACCCCCUCGGCGUGGAACCGGGCAGGUUCUGGAUACGGUUUGAUGACCUUGCCGCUGAACGAGUCACGCUUGUCGAUAUUGAGGAAGCCAUGAAGACGGAAUCUCCCUAUCUACUCUUCUAUCAGAUCCUUCCCAUUGGCGAAGAUGCGUCGACUUCUUACUUCCAGAACAGACACUAUGCACCAUCUUCGCAGGCGUCGGAGGACGCUAUGGUGCAUGAGAAUCUGGCGGGUGUCUCCGCUAGCUUGCUUGCCUUGUCUGACAAUGACAAGACAAAUACUGAUGACCACAACGAAGAGCCGGCAUCUGGUCGACCCAGCCUUGAAGUGACGGCGCCCAACAACGGCAAAAACACUGAUGACCACCACACCGAAGAGCCAACCUCUGGUCGACCCAGCCUCGAAGUGCCGGCGCCAGGCAGCCCCACUGCCCAGCUGGCCAGAAAUCCUGAACGACGAUCUGGCGUGGUUUUCUCGGAUCGCACCAGCCCUCGCCAAGCACGCUCGAUGCCAUCCACCUCCCCUCGAAUGGCGCCCACCACCGAAGAAGAAGGCAACAAGUUCUCGUUCUCUCGCCGUGGAUCCCGUUCGGCGACGAAGAGUCAGUCCGGAAGCCGUGCGACCAGUCAAUCAGGCGACAAGCGCCUCAGUGCCACGUUCUCUCGCUUCGCCGGACGGCUUAGCAGAGAGAAGAUGAGCAGCGAUGGGUCCGCUGCGGACAGCGAGGUCGAUGACUGGGUUCUGGACAGUGAUGAGGCCAUGCCUGGGGACAUGAAACUUGGGCUGGCUGCCCAUUCCGAUGGUAGGACCCAUUCCAAAGAUUAUGAUCGCUUCAAGGAGAAGAAGGAGAAGGGUAAGGAGAAGAAGCUGGAGCGGGAGUGUCUGGUGAUGUGA